CUCUCUAUUCAAAAUGGCGAUUUCUUUGAACUUGCAAUGACAACAUUGACAACCACAAGUUGACAGUGGUCAUAUAGCAUACCAAAUACAGUUAGAAUGGACUUGAGCCAUUUAACAGAUGAAAGUGAUAUCGAUGACUACCUUACACCAAUAGAAGCCUCAAGGAACCACAGUCAUGGACAUUUGAUAGAAUCAGACAGUGUCUCUGAAUUAUUUUUCCUUGAGAAAGACAAACCAAGACCAUUGUAUGGAUCAAAAUCUAGAAGUAAAGGAGCUACUAGUGGUACUCAGAAACACAAGAAAGAUUUGGUGAAACGAAAAUCUCCGGCUUCUGCAUCACGACACAGGCGACAUGUUCCUUCAGAUGAAUAUGAUAUGCCAUAUGAAGAUGAAGAUCAUAUGAAAGAGAUUUAUAAAGAGUUACAACUUAUCAGUGAUAAGUUAAAGAAAGAAAAUGAAGUUCUACAUGAACGAGAAGAAAGAGUUAAAGAACGAGAGCGGUUAUUGGUCAUAUCUCAAUCGAAUAUUAAAACAAUCACAGAACAUCAAGUUAAACAAAAAUUACAAGAAAUAGAACAGAAAUAUCAAGAGGAAAUGAAUCAGUUAGAUCAUAGUUUGAGAGAGAAAGCAAAAGAAAAUAAAAGAUUGAAAGAUAAUUUUGAAACUUUGAAACAAGCGAAUGAUGCUCUUAGGAAAGAGAUGGAUAUUUUGCAACAAGGUUAUGAGAAGUUAGAGAAACAGGCUGUUAGUAGUCAAUCUCGUCUCGUUAACUUACAGCGUAAGCAUGAGUAUGAGCAACGACAGAAGGGAGAUAAGCCAGUGCCUGUGUUGGAUUCCUCUGUAGCAAAACUUGGUAAGGUUAAAGAGAGUGAUGAGGGGAGUAAAAAAUCCAGUAAAUCCAGCAAAAAUGUUUCUAGUCCUGUCUUAGAGACGAUGUCUGUUUUAUUAGAUUGGGUUUGUGAUGCUCAUCUACGACAAACUUUAACGGAACAACCAACUCAACCAUCGGAACGACUCACACAACCAGAAUACGUCCAGGAAAAAAUAACACGAGUUUUGCCAUCUUUAGUGGAAUUGUUAAAAGAAAAUAAUUUGGUGAAUCUACGAGUGUCUCUUCCAUGUUUACAGUUUAUUUACUGGUCAUUAGUUCAUAUAGAUAAAUCACAACCAACUCCGAAAGCCAAUAUGACAUCCACAUUACGCAGAUUAGGGGAGGAAGUUUAUCGUCCACGAUUUAAUAAAUUAUCAGAUUCAACCAAUCAAGAGUCACCUAUUCCUGGUGAUUAUCGUGCCGAGAAACGACAAGAUGGAUUAUUCUUCCGUAGCCAAAAUUCACAUCUACGAUUCCUGUCUUCCCUUAUUAUUUUGAAAACAUUAACACAAGCUGAUCAGUUGGCAAUAGUAUUUGAUACAUUAAAAAUAGAUUUAAAAUCUGAUGUGAUAAAAGAAUUAUUUCUCUACUACCAAGCUACAGCAGUUAUAUCUUCAUAUCUUAAACCUAUUAAUAAGGUAUUUUUAGGUCCUGCUGUCGAUAUAUUAAUUCAGAUGUCAACAGAUUCUCCUUUUGCCUCUUCGUUUCUAGAGAGUUGUAGUAAUGAAGUCUGGUUUCGAACUAUUGCCAUGGUUCUACGUACACCAGUUCAAGAACAUAGAAUCAUGGACUGUCUCAGUAUUCUUCUACAAAAAUUAUCCAAAGUCAAAUCCAACAGAAGAUAUUUUGAAGUUUAUACCAUUACCAGUAUUUUACAAGAAAUAUUACGAAACUGUGGCAAUGAAAAUGCUUUCCUGUCUCUUAAUUUAAAAUCUAUUCUCUUUAAUUUAAACUGUGCCACAAAAUGAAAAAAAAUCUACAACCAGGUGCAAUGAUUGUGAACUACACACAAAGCCUUAUGGGAGUAUUUAAUUUUGUAGUGCGAAGGAUGGGGUUGAGUACCUGAAUUUCUCGUUUUCGUCCCGAAUAUAUACGCCUGAAUCAGUGCCUGGUACCUAGACUCUGAUUUAGCUGAAUAUACCAAAGAGUGACUUUCUAACGUUUUUUUUUUCAAAGGAUACCAAAAUUGACAAUAUUUUUGAGAUUCUUGGUACUAUUGGUUGGAAUAUCAGUCUAGACGAUUCUGAGAAUUUAACCUCGACAUGUAGUGUUCAAAACGUGUUAUUUAGUGGACUAGAAGUGCAAUGAAUGCUCAAAUAUCUGUGACCCCCUUGUCAAAACAUUUUGAGAUUUUUGGUACUCUUGACUGGAAUAUUAGUCUUGAAGUUUUUGGUUUCCAUUUGACCUCUAAUGAUGAAAAAAUGUUUUGAGGGCAAAUAGUUUAACAUGUGUACUUAGAUCAUAAAGUCUGUCAUUGAGUCAAGUGGCUUUGCUUCGAUUUCCCACUUGUGUGGGUUCUCCAGAUUUCUCCAACAGCUAAAGACUCCUAAGCACAAGCGAAUUAUUGAGCCAUAUGUUAGUCCCGAAAUGACAUAGUUUGUGUUGAGUGAAUGUCUCUAAAGGAUUAUUAAAAUAAUGCUAUUUUGAGGUAUUAAACUAAAAAAGAUCCUUGUUCACUGUGACUGUCGACCGUGCCUCUCUUUACUCUCUUUAAGUAAGUAAAGAAUUGUGCCCCCACUCCUCCCUCCACCCCACACACACACACCCAACGCCACCUUUUAAAAGAUUUACAGAAUGAAAUAUUUUAAGGACCCAGGUAGAGACUAAUUUAUAUGGGAUUAAAUAUCAGUUUAUAUACAUGUAUGUGUAUAUUAUAUUAAGACCUGGUUAUCCCGGGUGUCAGGGAUAUUAUAUAGACACGUGUGUGUAUUUAUAUUUUCUACUUGCUGUAUUUAACUUGUAAAUAAAAUGUUGCAUUAUU